AUGACAGGAUGCUUCAUGCUGCAUGCUAAUAAGCUUUACAAAUAUGACCACAACUUUGUGAAAGCUAUUAAUUCCAUUCAGAAAUCCUGGACUGCAACCGCAUACCUGGAAUAUGAGACUCUUACUCUGAGAGACAUGAUCAGGAGAGGUGGUGGUCACAGCAAGAGGAUCCCAAGGACCAAACCGGCACCCCUGACCACUGAAAUGAAGCAAAAGAUUUUACAUUUACCACCAUCUUGGGACUGGAGAAAUGUUCAUGGUAACAACUUUGUUAGCCCUGUUCGAAAUCAAGCAUCUUGUGGGAGCUGCUACUCAUUUGCUUCUAUGGGAAUGCUGGAGGCACGAAUCCGCAUACAAACUAACAAUUCUCAAACUCCCGUCUUCAGUCCUCAGGAAGUUGUGUCUUGCAGCCAGUAUGCUCAAGGCUGUGAAGGUGGCUUUCCCUAUCUCAUCGCAGGAAAGUAUGCCCAAGAUUUUGGGGUAGUGGAAGAAGGCUGCUUCCCCUACAGAGCCACAGAUUCGCCGUGCAAGGUGAAGGCCGACUGCUUUCGCUACUACUCCUCUGAUUAUUACUAUGUCGGAGGUUUCUACGGGGGCUGUAACGAAGCUUUAAUGAAACAUGAGCUUGUCAGUCAUGGGCCCAUGGCCGUUUCUUUUGAAGUCUAUGAUGACUUUCUACACUACCGAAAGGGGAUCUAUCAGCACACUGGUCUGAGAGAUCCUUUCAACCCUUUUGAGCUGACUAAUCACGCAGUUCUGCUUAUUGGCUAUGGCACUGACCUAGCUUCUGGGAUGGAUUACUGGCUUGUUAAAAACAGUUGGGGCAACAGCUGGGGGGAGGAUGGCUACUUCAGGAUCCGCAGAGGAACAGAUGAGUGUGGAAUUGAAAGCAUAGCAGUGGCAGCCAUGCCAAUUCCUAAACUCUAGAGGGUAUCUGAGGAUUUCAUAACCACAGCUCUCAGCCCUAAAGAGUCUUGAUUUACUAAUAGACUUGAGACUUUUAUAGAGGUAUUUUUCAGAAGAUUACAAAUAAAAUUCCUAUGAAGAUUUUUGUCUUUGAAAUCCAAACCGAUCUCAGUAAUAAUACGCCUUCCUAUUAACCACUGGCCUAUUAUCUUCCAAGAACUUAAACAACAUUUUGCCAGGUGACAGUGGGUUCUGAAGAAAUGGAUGUUGCUAAUCAUUUGUAAUUCUACCAGAUGCUCUAUUUUAAAAAGUGAAAUUUGUAGCUUGUUUUUACACUGUAUACAUCACAAGGAAAUAAUGGCGAUGCUUAUGAAUUAAAAAGAAAUUUUAAAAAUGUU